GAAGGAGAGCAGAAGACAGCUGAUGUUAAUGAAGGUCUGAAAUAGACCAGAUAAAAACAACAAGAAACACCCAGGACGAAACAAUCUGAAUGAAACAAUGUCUAACAUGCUCCUCAGCAUAUGGGACUUGAAUCAAGCUGGGAUGCCCCUGCGUCGGAGAGAUGAGAUAACAUCAGUCAGCAGGACAGCAAAAAUGGGAGGAGUUAAAGAACCUAGAGAUCUACAGAGAGGAGACAGAGAUUCAGAAUCAAACAGCGAGGAGAAGAAGACAGAAGCUCAUGAAAAGGAGAAACGAAGAAGACCAAGGAACUGGAAAUGGAUCAGAAAUGGGUUUCCACCAUCGUCCUUUUCUCAGCUGUCUGUGGUGUAUCUGCAUACGUUCCUCAUCGGUAUCACUUUGUGAAUGAGAAUAAAAACUGGACUGAAACUCAGAGCUACUGCAGACAAACCUACACUGAUCUGGCCACCAUCAGUAACAUGGAGCAGAUGAAGAAGAUGAAUGCUACUGUGAAGGACCAACCUACCAGCUCUGUCUGGAUCGGCCUAGACAGAGGGGUCACUGGGAUAUGGCAGUGGUCUCUGGCAGGCUGCGAGGGAAACCAGUACCGAAACUGGUUACCUGGAGAACCAAACAACCAUUUGGGGGCGGGAGAGUACUGCGUUGAGAUGCGCAUAAGUGAUGGAACCUGGAAUGAUGACGUCUGUACAACCCUAAAACCUUUUAUGUGUUAUAAUGAAAUCAAGCAAACCACUGGAAGGUAUGUUCUCAUUAGUGUGACAAAGAGCUGGCGUGAUGCUCAGAGUCACUGCAGAGAACAUUACACAGACCUGGUCAGUGUGAGGAACCAGACUGAGAACCAGCAGAUCUGGAAUUUGUCAAGGAAUUCAAUCAGCUCAAAUCUUUGGAUCGGCCUGUUUAAUGAUUCCUGGAAGUGGUCAGAUCAGAGUGCCUCCUCGUUCAGAUACUGGGCGUCUACACAACCAGAUAAUCAGGGUGGAAAUGAGAACUGUACUGCAGUGUCUAUGACUGACCAGGGCCACUGGUUUGAUGUGAACUGCCAAAACCAGUUACCAUUCAUCUGUUAUGAGAAUAAGCUGAUCUUGAUCAAGCAGAAUCUGACCUGGAGAGAAGCUCUGAGAUACUGCAGAGAUAAUCAUGUGGAUCUGCUCUCAGUUCACUCUGAGGAGAUCCAGCUCUGGGUGAAGGAGGUGGCACAGAAAGCCUCCACUGAACAUGUGUGGCUGGGUCUGCGUCACACCUGUACUCCGGGCUUCUGGUACUGGUUGAGUGUUUCACCUAUCUGCUACCAAAACUGGGCUCCAGGUAAUGGGACAGGAGGAGAAGACUGCAGCACUGUAGAGAGAACCGGAGCGGUGCAGGCUAGAGGAGGUCAGCGGUGGGUCGGCCUGCCUGAGGACCACAAACUCAACUUCAUCUGCCUCACCUAUGAAGACUGAAUCCAGCUGUGGUCCCUCUUCUGUGUCCAGCUUCAGCAGAUCUGCAGCUUCAUCAGGGGUCACCACAGCGGAUCAUCUGCCUCCAUCUUGCCCUAU